GGCCCUACCUUCAUCACUGCUUUCAGUUCACACGCCCAGUGAAGAUACUAGUCACCCAUUCUCUCGCAAUGCUCAUCCCAUAAUGCUCGGCUCUCUGGGUUUACUAGGCCAGGAAACGCGUAUUCGCCCGCGAAUGCACGCCAUUCGUUGAACUCUCGCGGUCAUCACUUCUAAAUCAUAUCACGGCGAAUCAUGGAAGUUCGUUCUCCCUUCAACUUAAACAUCAUGACUUUCGGUGGAAACGCGAUCUCAUCGUCCCUAUUUUCAGGCGCCGCCGGCGACGCGGGCGGAAGACAUUCCGCCGGUGGCGGCGGUGGCGGCGGUGCCGGGAGCCUCGCGGAGUUUCUCUUCGGCAAGCUCGGCGGAAACAUCCAGUCGGAGAAGCUUCGAUGGGAGCUUCCCGUCGUCGCGAAUGAGCCCUGCGACGUCGCCGCGUGCGGCUUCGCGAAAGAUCCGUGCGACGUCGCACUCGACUCCGCGGGUGGUGCCAUUGGGAGACUCGGACUCGGCAUCGGCGCGGCUUUCCCCGCAGAAAACCCCAAAACGCCACGUCAGGAACACGUGGCGUAUCCCCAUUCGUUGUGGCCGACAAGGCAACCAAUGAUGCGAGACGACGAUUUGCAAUCAAUCCGUGCGGCAAAUCCGGGAUUCGAUCCUCGUUAUACCGUGUCAGCGAGGCCAACGGAGCCGUCAGUAGUGCAGCAGCAGCAGCAGCAGCCACAUCAGCAGCAGCAGCAGCGGGAGGGGGAGGCUCGGAUGCUGUGGAAAAUCAUGUUGGCCGACUCGGGGUCCCGGCGCCACUGUGGGGAGCAGCGCGCCGACUCAGCAGCGUCAGCCGGCUGCGGCAGCCGCGUGCUUCGGACGCAUCCGCAAUCGCCACGUGAGCCAAGCGCGUCGCUGUCGCCUGGAUGCCCCAGCAACGGAGGAUGGGCGUUUCCAUUCCCUCGGGCUGUACUAAAUCCCGGCACUCCUGCGGUUGCGACUCCUGCGGUUGCGACUCCUGCGGUUGCGACUCCUGCGGUUGCGACUCCUGCGGUUGCGACUCCUGCGGUUGCGACUCCUGCAGUUGCGACUCCUGCUGUUGCGGCUCCCGAUACACCUGCUGCUGCUGAAGGCACGCAUGCGAUUGCCGCGCCGUGUAAAGCUCCCAUGCGUAACGUCCCCCCUGGCAACUACAGUGGGGUUCCGGACUCCGUGGUGUCUACUAACGGGUCGUCUUUUACAGGGGAUGAGGCUGAGCCCUCUGCAGCCAGGGCUGUUGUGUCUGGUAAUGGAUCGCCUCACUCUGUCCGGAGCCGUAUCAGGAAGAAGCAGGAAUCGCGCGAUUGCGGGCUAUGCGGUAAAAGUUUUUCCUCCGGGCAGGCGCUCGGCGGGCACAUGCGAAAACAUUGGCAUUCGCGGUCGGGUGCUGGUCCCCUGGAGAAGCUACUGCUUGAAAAUAAAGCUGGGCAAGCAAUCAAAUUGGAGGGGAACAGUGGUUAUACCAAGGAGUCUUCUAGAGGGGAUGGAGGUGAAGGAUGUUUUGCCUAUUGCGCAGGACAAGAGGCCAUGGAGGGGAGCAGUAGCAAGCCUUACUUGGCGCAUGGCAAGGCGUGUGAGGAUAGCUCGAUAGAGCACAUAUUUGUAGAGGCUUGUGCUUCUGCUGCACCACGUUUUUGGGCCCGCCAUGAUGAUGGGUUGGACCUGGACCUCAGGCUGUAGGAAGGCCUGGCUGGCACACAAAGAUUUGGCUGCUUGUCUGAAUUCGGUCGUUCUUUUUCUCCUUUGCUGAAUAAUUAGUUUCCUUGACCUUCCACGUGUUGGUUGGAGUACAGAAUGG